UUCUUCCGAUUCUGGAACACUACGAGGGGUCGAGGCUGUCAUAUCGCUAAGAGAGACGGAACUGGAAGAGUUUGAUGGUAGUUGUACGAAGGUUCCAACUUCUCGUUCCAAAAAAGAUGCCAUAUCAAGGCACAAG